AUGGUUUAUCAUUCGUCUGCAAUCAUUCAGUUAAUAGGAUUUCUGCUUCUAUUAGUAGCAGAAUGCCGUAUUGUUUUUGAAAAGCCAUCAAAAUGGAAUAAUGCACCAGGUUGGCCAGCAGUUAAAGUGCGAUUAACAAAGAGUGGUGCAGAACAUAUCAAACAAGUUGGUGUGAAAAUUUUAAAUGAGGAAAUUUCACAAUUAAGUGGAUUUCAAACAAUGCAUUCAUUCUCUGAGCAUGGUGUAACAGGACGAGUUCAACUAUAUAAUGUUAACGUAUUACGUUAUUCACCACCGCAGCACACUUCACUGGAAUUUGUUUCACCAUCCUAUGUUAUCUUUCAAAUGGAUCGAAUGGAUAUAGCUUUAGCUGGACGAUUUGCUGGAACAGUAGCACUGAUACCAGUAACCGGUUCCGUAACAGGUGACUUACGACAAAUGAGCAUUCGACUACAAACAAAAUGUAGCAAAGCUAUGAAUGGUUUGAUGGAAGUGAAGGUUGUUGGCUGUACUACCAUCGUUCAUUUCAGUCAUUUUUCCAUAAGUGCUAAUGGUGCAUUAAAUGGCUUUGUAAAAAUGAUUGAGGCACAAAUUAAUGAAAUAAUACGACAAAAAAUUCCAAAUGUUUUUUGUAAUAGUUUACAAAAAAUUAUUGAAAAUAGUUCACCAAGUCUUUUUCAGCGUUUAGCAUUUACAAAUUUAACUGAUCAUUUUAAUUCUAUUAAUUUGGUCGAUAAUAUGAUUGUAAGCAAACUUUUUCGUCGUCUCACUAAUGGUUUAUACAUUGACAAUCGUAAUAUUAAUGAUCCAAUUGUUACAUCGGAUUAUUUUGAAACACAACAAAAAGGUGAAAUUAAAUACGAUAAUGAUCAUCGUCCAACACCAUUUAAUGCUCCAGUAAUGCGUACCGGAAAUGAUUCAUCCAGAAUGUUGUAUUUUUACGGUUCGGAAUAUCUCUUCAAUUCACUUCUUUAUCAUGCAUAUGAAGGUGAUCGGAUGAUCGUUGAGAUUGAUGAAAAUAUUUUACCAAUACAAUAUAAGCCAAUUGUUCGAACAAGCUGUGAAAAUUCACAACAUAAUGGAAAUUUUGGAUCAUCCUUUUGUUUGGGUAUGUUAAUACCAGAAAUAGCUAAUCGUUAUCCCAAUGCAUCAUCAUCAUUCUUAUUAUUACCACAUCAAAUACCUGAAUUUCGACUUUCCAAAGAUACAGGCUCUAUUGAUUUAAAAAAUCGUGUGCUAACAUAUAUAAAUGAUGGUAGUAGAAAAAAACAAAUUAUGGUUAGCACAGCGGAUCUUCAAGCAGAUUUUCGAUUACUUAUUGAAGAUGAAAAAUUUGCUGCAGCUUUAAAAAUUAACAAAUUUGAUAUAAGAUUACAUCGAAGUGCCAUAAAAGGUCUUACUAGUAAUUCAAUUGCACAACUUGCUCCAUUAGCCAAAACAUUCCUUGGACCACAACUUGUUAAAGCAUUAAAAAAUGGUAUCCCACUUCCAUUAAAGGAUUCAAUUGAAUUUAUCAAUCCACAAUUAAUUAUUCAUGACAAAUUCGUAGAAAUUGCUACCGAUUUUCGCUUAGGUGAAAUGAAAUUACGCGAAGAAGUUAAGAAAGCAUUUGCUUCUGUAUUUCAUAAUUAA